CGCCGCCGCCGCAGACCGGCUCCCGGCUCGGCGCGGCGCGGCUCGGCCCGCUCGGCCCCGCCAUGUCGCAGGUGCUGCCCUACGGCGAGGACAAGGUGGGCCGCUACGGCGCCGAGCCCGAGGCGGGGGAGCUGCCCUUCAGCUGCCGCCUGCAGGACACCAACGCCUUCUUCGGGGGCAACCAGGGCAAGCGGCCCCCCAAGCUGGGACAGAUCGGCCGCGCCAAGAGAGUGGUGAUCGAGGAUGACCGGAUAGACGAGGUGCUCAAGGGCAUGACGGAGAAGUCGCCGCCGGGGGUGUAAGCCGGGACCCGCCGCCAGGACCCGCCGGCUGUGCCCCGCUCCCAGCCUGCCCGGCCCCGCAUGCUGGCUGCACCGCCGACGAGGAGGGGGAGGCCGAGCCAGUGCCCCCCCUCCCCCGGCCCGGGAGGGGGGCUCUGCGGCCAACACCAACCCCCCCCAGCCAUGCACUUUACCCCUCCCCCGGGAGAGGGACGACCCGCCGAGCCCCCGCCCUGGGCAAAGACAGCCCCCCUCUCCCCGGGGGUGCGGGGGGUCCUGCCCCCCGCUCCGCGGCGCGACCCCCCCCACCCCGGGGCGGACCCGGCCCCACGAACGGAGGGGGGAGCGCUGCUGUCCAGAGACAUUUUUUGCUCCAUCGUUUUUUGCAUGAGCUUGGUGGCCCGGGCGCCCGGUGCAGGGGCCGAGGGUCAGCCCCACCACUCCGGCACGCUUCUUUUUAAACAGAAACUCCUCAUAUUUGUAUUUUUAUAUCCGAAUAUUUGUUAAAAACGAUCUGCUGACGUUGAGAUGUCGAAGUAACCGCACCGAGAAAACAAACACGCAAACGAGAAAAAAAAAAAAACCACCAAAAAAAAAGGU